AUGAGCAGUAAUCUUGAUAAGCCAAAGUCUGAAGAUGCUACUACUGCUGCUGGAGGAAUCCUGCUCCCUGGAGAGGCGUCGGAGUAUGUUGAUGAGUCAGCACGAACGGAUAAGGUUGAUGCUGCUGACUCAUCAGAAGCAGACGAGAUCGAUGCUGAAUGGAUGGAGGCAGCGGAGCAAGCACGUCCAUUCAGCAAGUCUAACACGUCAGCAGCCGAACCGUUUCCAGCCACGUCAGCACACGGAGCUGACAUGUCAUCGCAUAAACACGACGUGUCAUCAGCACAUGGCAUGUCCCCGCAUACUCCUGCGGUGCCUGCCUUUGGUCCGAUCACAUCACGCCACAUGUCACCAGUGACCCCUCCAUCGAUGUACGUUCCAUCACCAACCACUACCAUCCAGCACAUGCCGCCUGCCCCUUCACACCGCCACUUUGCCCCAUCAGUUGCCCCCAGAUUCACCACUCCUUGUGGCCCUGCAGCAGCAGCAGAUGUGGACCGACCACUCCUGGUGCUCGCAGGGCUGAGAAGCGGCAAGGAUAGUCCUGUGUGGUUUGAACUCAACCAUAGUCGCUCGCAUCCUGCAUCUGCACCAUGUGGGUGUGCUGCUAUCAGCAGGCACCUCAAAACUCCGUCCACUCUCCUAGUCGCUCGCAUCCUGCAUCUGCACCAUACCUCGACCAUGGUAGCUCGAAUUCUUCAUCUCCUCCACGUGGGUGUGCCAGCCAAUCGCAUCCUCGCAAUGACCUUCACCACAGCAGCAGCCAAUGAGAUGCGUGAACGCGUGCUGGCCAGCCAAGGGAGGCGGUCGGCAGGCAAGAAGACUGGGGCAACUGGGAAAGGAAGGAGAGAAAACAAGGGAGGGGCGAGAAGUAUGGUUGACAAGGAAGGAAAGGAGGAUGAGGAAGAGAACGGAGGGAAGGAAGGGAAGGAAGGGAAGGAGGAGGAGGGAGAGGAGGGAGUGACAGGGGAAGUGGCAGUGAGCACUUUCCAUUCGCUGUGCCUGCAGCUGUGCAGGAGCCAUGCUGACAAGUUUGGGCGCACAGCGGAUUUUCUUGUGCUUGGGCACAAGCAGCAGAGGAAGCCAUCUCUCCUCAGUUUGGGCGCACAGCGGAUUUCCUUGUGUUUGGGCACAAGCAGCAGCGGAGAGCCAUCACUCACUUAUCCACCUGCUGCCCACGCAUUUCCUGCCCUCUCCUCCUGUCCCAGGUUUGGGCGCACGGCGGAUUUCCUUGUGUUUGGGCACAAGCAGCAGCGGAGAGCCAUUACAGAGGCUGUUCGACUGGCGCUGGGGGAUGGGGGGGAUAGCGUCGGGAUAGGGGAGAAGGGCGAGAAGGGCGAGAAAGGGGAGAAAGGGGAGAAGAGGGAGGGAGAAGCGAGCAGGGGAGAGGGGGGUGUGUGGAAGCAGCGGAGAGAGGACAGGCAAGUUGGUCGAGACUGUAAUGGAAGGGCAUUUGCAGCAGCUGGAGGUGCAGGGACAGCGGGCGUGGGAGGGUCAGGCAGGUGGGCAGAGAAGGGGAAUAAGGAGAAUGAAGAAGGGAAGGGAGGAGGGAACAAGGGAGAGAGUGUGGAGGAGAGGGUGGGGAGGGAGGUGGAGGAGUUGAAGAGGAGCCGAGCAGCAGCAGCGAAAUGGGUCAAGUUCGUUGUGAGGGCCAAGGCAGCAGGUCAGACAGCAGAGACUUUUGAAGCUCGGGGCAACCAGGAAGCAGCCCGUGUCUUGCGAGCAUAUGCAUCUGUGCUGGAGAAAUGCAAUGCGGUGGACUAUCACGACUUCAUCCUACUAUCAACCAUGCUGCUCACACAGCAUGCUGACGGAAUGCACGUCGUCAGCAUGGACGCGCGUACUGGUGGACGAGUUUCAAGACACCUCGACCAGUUUCACCUGCAGCAAUCACUCCCUUGCACCACUUUCUCCUCCUCUAUUCCAGUGCUGCAGGAGUGCAUGUCGUCAGGAUGGACGCGCGUGCUGGUGGACGAGUUUCAAGACAGCUCCCGCAUCCUUUCUGCGUCCACGAGGGUUGCAGCCACACCGUGCAUCCAUUUUUCUCCCCUCUUUCGCCCCUCCUAUGCUGCUGCAGUGCUGCAGGAGUGCACGGCAGCAUGGACGCACGUACUGGUGGACGAGUUUCAAGACACCUCGCGAAUCCAGUUUUCGUUCGUCAAGGCUCUCUGCGGCACACAUGGGCGCAUCACCGUUGUGGGGGAUGACGACCAGGUGGGUGUGAGGGGGGUUGAUGACCAGGUGGGUGUGAGGGGGGUUGAUGACCAGGUGGGUGUGAGGGGGGUUGAUGACCAGGUGGGUGUGAGGGGGGUUGUUGACCAGGUGGGUGUGAGGGGGGUUGUUGACCAGGUGAAAUGUAUGGGGGGUGAUGGUCCCAGACACCUCCCACAUCCAAUUCGCGUUCGUCAAGGCUCUCUGCAGCACUCACGGGCGCAUCACUGUUGUGGGGGACGACGACCAGGUGGGUGUGAGGGCACAAUGAUCAGGGGCAAUGAGAAGGGGUGCGUGGGAUGGGAAUCGGUCGUCAAGGCUCUCUGUCACUCACACGGGCGCAUCACUGUUGUGGGGGACGACGACCAGGUGCGGUUGAGGGGUGUGAUGACCGGUUCCUAA